AUGCAUGUGGGGGCUUCUGGGUGCUUCUGGGUGAAUGUGGAUGGACACACACGGGGAGGUGCAAAGAGUGAGAAGUGUAGAAAAAGCGCAAGGAAGAAGGAGAAGCAGAGGGGCAGGCGAGCGGGGCAGAGCGAGAGGGGCACGGCGAGAGGGGCACGGCGAGAGGGGCAGGGCGAGAGAGGGGCAGGGAGAAAGGCAGGAGGAAGAGAGAGGGGGAAACACCGACCUGCCAUGUGUGGUGGUGGUGGUGGUGGUGGUGGUGGUGGUGGUGGUGGUGGUGGUGGUGGUGGUGGUGGUGGUGGUGGUGGUGGUGGUGGUGGUGGUGGUGGUGGUGGUGGUGGUGGUGGUGGUGGUGGUGGUGGUGGUGGUGGUGGUGGUGGUGGUGGUGGUGGUGGUGGUAGGGGAGGACGGCAGGGAUUAGGUCGGGAAGGUCUGGGAGUGUGA